CAGUCGAUGAACGAAUACCAAUUACAUUACGUCAAAUAACAACCUGUUUACUCAUCGACCGCGCAAAGUCGACUGACGACAUUGCCAGACGUCAUCGCGCACGCUACGAAUGCAGCACGUGCUGCGCAUGCGCAGAACUAUCCAGGCCGCGCAAUUCCACGAACUAGUUCGAUUGCUCGAUCUCUUCAAACUUUUGCCAGAAAAGUCACAGAAAAUCUUAAGCAAAGCCCAAUUAAAUCGUUAAAUAUACACUUUGAAAUAAAUAUGCACUUAAAGAUCAGCCCUAAUACGAAUUGCCGCGCUGUGAAAAUCCGCUCGCUCUUGCGAAUCUAUCCUAAGCUCGCCGGAUAAACACGCGAGUAACGUUUGAGAUUAGUCAACGCUGACCUGGCUUCGUUUCGUGGCGAGAUUUCGUGUUUGUCGCGAACUUCUCGUCAUACCGUUCAAAAUUAUGGGCAGUUAAAAAUCACCGGUGAAUCACAGUCGAAUAAAUUCUAAGUGUACAAACGACCGCUCGCACAAAAUUUUGGGCCGACUUCGAUUUACGAUCGCUGUUCCCUUGACCUUUCAUCGAUCACCUUCGAGGUAAAUAAAGAAGUGUUAAACAAGUCGGAACAAUUUUGAGAGAUAUUUCGUAAACAGCAGCAACUGCAACUGGUUUUUCUUGGAACUGUAUCAUUUAGGACUUAACCUGGAUCAAAAUGACUGUGGCGCUGCCUUAUCUGGACGCUGUUCAAGUAAUUCCUGGCGAUACCCCUGGCGAAAAAUUCAGAUUCUUGGCGAAUUAUAUAAAGCAAAAACUGUCCGUGUCCGACGAUUUGGAAAAAUUAAUCGAUUACGACAAAAUCCCGACAAUCCUUGUACCUCUGGUACAUAUUCAGACGGCCAUAAUAUUAAAUAAGGAGGAUCCCCAAAACUGGGACGCUUGCUUGGCGAUAGUAGAGGCUUUAAAAUCCGAGGACAAGAUGAUCGUGAACAAAGCUUUACAUGCCAGCCACUUCUUCGAUGGGACUAACAAAUUUAUCAUUAAUGAUCAGUUCUUUAACAAAAAUAUAUUUCCAUAUGUUUCCUUGAACACUAGAAGACGAAUCAUCAAAAUUCUAGCCUUUCAGCUGUCAUCCAAGAAGAAAUUCGAUCUCGCUGAAAAAUUCUUCUUAGGAGUGGAGUCGCUCUAUGGUAUCGAGCAAGCGUUACCUUUAUUAGUGGCAUGUAGCGAGGCUUUCACAUAUAACACCAUCGUGGAGAAGAGGAUCGUUCUGAGCCGGCAGCUGGUUAAACGGAUCUUCUACAGGAACCCAGACUUAAUCGUGCGGUACUUUAAACUAAGUAAGCCAAACCUCGAUCCUCUCUCGAGAAACCUUCAUCCAGUGAGUAUCUACGACUUCAAUGAUAUUCUGGCUCAGUUGGUCAGGAAGAGGCUAAACUCGUUCGUAGAAUUGUGCGAGAUACACGAGAAAGUUCCGCCGACCGUGACCCUGAACAAUAAAACGGCCGAACUGUUCCUGAAGAACGGCAAAAAACACCUGUACGAAAAGCCUCAAUUGUACAUUAAGAUGAUUCCUUUGAAGAAGAUCAGCAACGAGUGUAUGGAGACUAUAUACCCAAAACUAUUCCCCGAGAACAUUAGAAACUUCGACACCGAUGACAUGUUGAAAUACUUGUAUUACUAUCCACGGGACAAGAAAACAGAUCUUUUCUUGAAAUCUUAUCAGCAAGUGUACGGAAGAAAUAUUCUGGACGAACCAAAGAAGAUAACUGUUGAAUUGUUGAAGAUAUUGUCAAUCGAGGAACGAACAAAGCAGGCGAAGAUCAAGUUAGAGAAAGAUUCUGGCUAUACUGAGUCCUCGAGUAGCGAAAUGUGCCCGGUUAAUUGUGUUAAUUUCUGGGAUUGUUAUCUACCUGUUGAUACAGUGCUACCACAGUUUAAGAAAGAAAUUUCUGAGGAAUCGGAGAUGAAACUUAGAACGAUUAUAGCUUGUAAAAUGAUCUACUGUUGCUACGUGAACAAUAAUAACGUAGCCCUGCUUGAAGUUUUGACAUAUUUAAGAAACAGACAUUCUAACGAGCAAGCUUGGUUCAUAUCGCAAAUGUUCCAGACUUUGUUAACUUUCUAUGAUCUUUCCUCUAUGGGUAAUGAACAUUGGUUGAUAUUGCGAAAGAUAAUAUCAAAUGCUCACAUGAGAAAAACUUUAACGGCCGACGUCCAAAUCAGCGUGUCGAUGAUCGAGGCAGCUAUUCAUCAUAAUAUCCUUCAAAAUAAAAGUAUCGAUAUUUUAAUCGAUAUACUCGUCGAUUUGAAGUGUUUGAGGAAGACAGGCUAUUGGAAUAUCCUCCAGAAGUAUCCCCGAUAUGAGAAAAUGUGUCUAGAAAGUUGCAUAAACGUCGUUUCGCAGAAAUAUCAUUCUAACCAGACAUCCUGGAUGGAGGACAGUGUUGGAAUCUUGUACGAUCUGUGUAUUUCGAUCUAUCAAUUCAAUCACGUACACAAACGUUCUCGCAUAACACCCAUGACGAUUGCAGACUAUCCAUGGUUGUUGACAAUGGUGGAGAACAACUUGUCUGUGGAGACGCUGGAUAAAAGUUAUAUAUAUCAGAAUAUUCAGAAUUUAUUAAUGAAAAACGAUUCAACCCUAUACGAGCGUUUCUGGCCAGACGACAAAAAAGUCAAAAUAUUAACGGGUGAAGUUUUGAAGAUUCUGAAAAGAAAUCCGAGAGAAAUUCUAACUAAAUGGAGGGAUUAUCUAAACGCCUGCCAAAAUUAUUGGGAUAAAUAUCACACCAGAGUAUUCAUCAGGUCUCUACGCUGGUACAGCGAUAUCCCAAUUAAAUUCGCCUUAUACUGUGUCCAAGAUCUAUUCCAGUCGAAUGGAAUGAGGUCUUUAAACGUAUUAGCUACUCUCACUCACGGAGAAACGUUUUCAAAUAUCAUCGAACCAUUAAUUCCGAUGGAUAUUGUACACCAAGAGGUGGCGGUUAAUUACAGAGUCGUUCAGCAUAUUGCAAAUAGCAUAAGGUUCACGAAUCCACCGGUGUCUCAGACAAUAUUGUCCAAAUUGUGCAACUUGGAUCCUUUAUUAGUUUUUCCAGUCAUCACGAACGUCUGUAAAAGAAUCAACGAGAAGGAUGUGAUAUCUUUCGCUGAAAUAUUAUGCACUCAGAAGGUAUCCGUUCAAAAGCAUGGAAUAAGAUUGACUAAUCUUGUGGCGUCCCGAGUAUACACACUUAAUUUCCUUUGUACGCAAUGGAACUCCAAAAUGCAUCAGUCGAUCCGAAAAAUUUUGCUCUCCAUAAUCAGGAAACUCUUCGCAACGGAACCAGGACCUAUCACGUGGUGCCUGUUCUUUGAUGCGAUCUCCACGCUCACGAUUGAAUACAACAAAGUGCUCCUCAAAUUAAUCCCAAUGAUCGCCUCAACUACCGAUGAAUACGUGGUCGAUUAUGUCCAACAACUCGUGGACAUAAUUAAUAAGUUCGAGAAGGCUGGCCUCGGUAGUGAGCAAAUCGCGGAAUACGUCAGCGACCUGCUGAGCCACAUUAACGCGGCCAUAUGUUUCCUACUGCCCGACGAUUUUGUCAAAGACCUCCUUCGAAAAUAUCUCUUUCAUCAAAAUUUAAAGAUCUCUAAAGCUUCAAGCAUGUUUAUAAUCACAUCCCUGCUGCUUCCAUCGUCGCAGGGCAAAUUUGAUCACAGAAUGGAGCUCUUCUGCAACGUGUUCAGGCAGGUCAUCAGGUCCGGUUGGAACGUGUCGCAUCCGAAAUAUCCCCGUUUCUAUCCGGUGAACAAUGGUCUCCCCAAGUUCAUAAAAGCUGUCUUGAGCAUAUUUCCUUUCAUGAAAGUGGACCAACGAAUAAUCGACAAACUUUUGGCCACGUUCGUUUCCGUACUCGAGCCUCACAUGGAACCCACGUCGUACUUGCUGCUGGUAUACUGCAAUGAAAAAAUGUGCUCGACCACGCCGAGGGAGUUUGGGUUAAAACUGGGCAAAAAGAUGAGCGAUCUGAUCGACAUAUUCUCCCCGUUCUUUAUGUUCUUCAUGGCUGAUGUUUUAUUGCAAAUGCCGCUAUUGAAUUUAUUCGAUGGCUACGAUAAGGACGAGAUCGAUUUUGAGACAAUCGAAGGACUGUUAGAAGUUGGGACUAUCUCAGCCGCGUUACUAGCGACGAAACUGUUUAAGUCUGUUAACUCAAAGGAACAUCCGGAGAGGUACGACAAGCUGAUAAAGAAAUUCUUGGAAUACGAUUCCCUGGCGGUCAAGAGCAGCAUCUGUGAUAUUAUUAACAAUUCAAGGGACAUAGAUUAAGUCGCGUUUUGAGAUAGACUUAUUGAAUUGGCACGAACGAUGGAUCGGUGGUGAUCGUCCAGUCAUUAACCGCGCGUGCAACUGUUGUUUAAUAUAUUUUAUUUAAAGAAAUAAAACAAAGAACGACGUAAAUGCGAUUUUCACGACUGAUACUUUUUAAAUGAACGAUGAGUGGUAGAAUGAUUUUUAUGCAUCGACAAGAGUUAAAGAACGAUUUGUAAGAUUGAAUGAAACUCGUGAAAUUUUUUUAUUCUGUAUAUAUUUUUUUAUACUACAUGCGUAAGACUCUAUUUAAGAAAAUACCAUUGUGAUACAUGCAUUCGAUGAUUUGUAUGUAUACAAGAUUUAUAAUAAAACGUUGUGCAAAAAUGU